AUGCCUCGUCAUCUAAGUAGUGACGCGCAUGAAUGGAUUAACGAGAUUAUCACUGUUCCUAUCUAUCUGCGUUGUUUUGCUGGCGACAUCAACGCCAAUACGUGGGGAAAAGCAUUCAGCUGGGCCAAAAACUGCUCUAGGUCAAAAAAGAUCCCCUCCACCAUGGUUCGCCCAGAUGGAGCGAUGACGGAAACGAUCGACGAGACAGCGGAGGUGCUCUUAGGGUCUUUCUUCCCAAGAGAGAGGCAUAAAAGAGACCUCACAAAGAGCGGGCCCCUAGAGUCAUACGAUGGCGAGAUAAACGCCGAAAGAGUCAGGGCGGCGAUAUGGCGGAUGAGUCCUGGAAAGGCACCCUGA